CGGAAGCGGCGCCGCCUCUUUCCGCCCCGCCGGCCUGAGGGGACGGAGCGCUCGGCGCCGAGGCCUCCGCGCAUCCGCCGCCAUCCGCUCGGCCCCGCCGCGCCCCGGCGCCAUCCGCCGCCGCCAUGACGGAGCAGAUGACCCUGCGCGGCACCCUGAAGGGCCACAACGGCUGGGUGACCCAGAUCGCCACCACGCCGCAGUUCCCCGACAUGAUCCUGUCCGCCUCACGCGACAAGACGAUCAUCAUGUGGAAGCUGACGCGUGACGAGACCAACUACGGCAUCCCGCAGCGCGCGCUGCGCGGCCACUCGCACUUCGUCAGCGACGUGGUCAUCUCCUCGGACGGGCAGUUCGCGCUCUCGGGCUCCUGGGACGGCACGCUGCGCCUCUGGGACCUCACCACGGGCACGACGACGCGGCGCUUCGUGGGGCACACCAAGGACGUGCUGAGCGUGGCCUUCUCCUCCGACAACCGCCAGAUCGUGUCGGGCUCGCGCGACAAGACCAUCAAGCUCUGGAACACGCUGGGGGUCUGCAAGUACACCGUGCAGGACGAGAGCCACUCCGAGUGGGUUUCGUGCGUUCGCUUCUCCCCCAACAGCAGCAACCCCAUCAUCGUGUCCUGCGGCUGGGACAAGCUGGUCAAGGUGUGGAACCUGGCCAACUGCAAGCUGAAGACGAACCACAUCGGGCACACGGGGUACCUGAACACCGUCACCGUGUCACCUGACGGCUCGCUCUGCGCCUCGGGCGGCAAGGACGGGCAGGCCAUGCUGUGGGACCUGAACGAGGGGGUGUCCCUGUGUCCCCUGGGGGUGUCCCUGUGUCCCCUGGGCGUGUCCCUGUGUCCCCUGGGCGUGUCCCCGGGCGUGUCCCCAGCUGUCCCCGUGUCCCCAGGACGGGCAGGCCAUGCUGUGGGACCUGAACGAGGGCAAGCACCUGUACACGCUGGACGGGGGGGACGUCAUCAACGCGCUCUGCUUCAGCCCCAACCGCUACUGGCUGUGCGCUGCCACGGGGCCCAGCAUCAAAAUAUGGGACCUGGAGGGGAAGAUCAUCGUGGACGAGCUGAAGCAGGAGGUGAUCAGCACCAGCAGCAAAGCGGAGCCGCCCCAGUGCACGUCCCUGGCCUGGUCAGCAGACGGGCAGACCCUGUUUGCCGGCUACACCGACAACCUGGUGCGGGUGUGGCAGGUGACCAUCGGCACCCGCUGAGCCCGGCCCGGAGGAGGAGAAAGAGGGAAAAACUGCAAUAAACGGAGUUUUUGGAGCUGGA